UUGUGUGUGUGCCUCUCAAAAACAUCAUUCAUCACCUAGUUAGCUAUAUAGCUUUCUCAUAUAUAGUAGAUCUCUAUCACAACCCAACCCACUUAAAAGAAGAAAGCUAGGCCAGCCUCAUAGGUUUCAAUUUCAUAUAUAGUUCUGAAAUUGAAACAAAUGAGGAAACCUGAUCUGGUCAUGGCAAAAGACAGAGUUAUGAACAACAACAACAACAGUAGCAAUAACAACAAUGUUGUUAAGAGCAAGCUUAGGAAGGGGUUAUGGUCACCUGAGGAAGAUGAAAAGCUUCUGAGGUACAUGAUAACUAAGGGACAAGGGUGCUGGAGUGACAUUGCUAGGAAUGCUGGUCUUCAGAGAUGUGGUAAAAGCUGUCGUCUCCGUUGGAUUAAUUACUUGAGACCUGAUCUCAAGCGCGGCGCAUUUUCGCCACAGGAGGAAGAUCUCAUCGUUCAUUUACACUCCAUUCUUGGAAACAGAUGGUCUCAGAUUGCUGCACGUCUCCCUGGUCGCACAGACAAUGAGAUCAAGAAUUUCUGGAACUCCACUCUGAAGAAGAGAUUCAAGAUCAACAACAACUUGUCCACCCCAUCACCAAACAACAGUGACUCAUCUGAACCCAGAGAUCAUGUUUCUGGGGGCAACAACAACAUUAUCAUGCCUAAUAUGAAUGAGCAACAUGACCUCAUGACAAUGUGCAUGGAUUCAUCCUCAUCCACAUCAUCAUCAUCCAUGCAAUCCAUGCGCAAUAUGCCACCUUCCAUGGUUCUACCUGAUCAUCAACACUUUGAUCCCUUUUUCGCCAUGACCAGUGCACCCACCGGUUUCCCUGACUUAAUGUCUGCUGCAUGCUUCACACAAUUUGGCAUGGUUGGUGAUGAUGAUGGUGAUGGACUUCAUUGUGAUUAUGGUAAAAUGGGGUUAGAGAGUGACUUUUCCCUUCCUCCACUAGAGAUUAGUCGAAGCAAUAAUAAUAUUGAAGUCCCAAUUAAUAAUAAUAGUAAUGUGAAAAGUCAUAACAACAACAACCACUUCAAUAAUAGUUGCUUCAAUAACACUGAUGAUCAGAUUCAAAACUCCAACAUAGUAGUAGAGGACUUGUUUGGGUUUGGAAAUCAUAAUGGGCAAGCAGGGGAAAACUUAAGAAUGGGGGAAUGGGACUUGGAGGGUUUGAUGCAAGACAUGUCCUUUUUUCCUUCCCUUGAUUUCCAAGUUUAAACCUUUUUCUUUUCAAAUUAAAAUUCCCUUUCAUAUACAUACACACAUGCCCUUAUGACCCAAACCACACUUUAGGGAAUUUUGGGCACCCAUUCUUUCCAUUAUAAACAAAGGACAAAACCCUUUUGCUUGUUAUAUCUUGUUGUUAUACUCAUUGUUUCCUUUCUUGUUUACAAAAUUUGUAAAACAAUUGUAAGUUUUAGUUCUGCAAUGAAAAUUGCAGUAUGUGUAUAGGGUGGCCUGGGAUUUUCAUACAUUGUUUGUGCCCUUGUGAAGCACUUCAGCU